UUUUUGAGACAAGUGCAUAUGACCCAUAACGCGCAACAAAAAUUGUAUAAUUUGAGGUUUGGGUGUGCGGCAGGACAAAUGUAAAAGUGACCUAGACUUUUCUUUCAAGCCCCAAUGAACAACCUGAAUGACCCUCCCAGAUGGAACAUCCAACCGGACGUUAGAGGAAGGGGUCCAGGGGCUGAAGAUGGGAACCAGUGGAACUAUGCCCUCCUGGUUCCUAUGCUGGGACUGGCAGCUCUUCGUUGGAUUUGGACUAGAGACGCACAGAGGGAAAUCCAAGAAGUCAAAUCUCAAUAUGAAAAAGAUGUGUCCAUAAUAAGGGAUGAAAUGGAGGCACGUUACCGGGAGACGCUGAGUGAGAGGCGCAGGGCAGCAGCUUCCCUAGAGCUUGAGUUGGAGAAGGAGCGACAAAGAGUGACAGGCUAUAAACAAGCUUUGAUUUCACAGAGUCAGCAGCUGAUGGAGGAACGGAAGAAACUUCAAGAGGAACGAGAUGCCAUGGAGGAAGAGAAGGAAAGGCUGGUAAAGAGUGGUGCAGCUGGAGCUCUUUUGCACCAGGCACUGGAAAGAGAGAAUGAGUGGCACCGGCGAGCAACUGCCACUCUGAAAGAGCUAGAGCACCUCCUAGUGGAGCGUCAGAGUGCCUACUGCUCCAUUAUCCUGCCCAGAGAUCAACGUAUGGAAAUGGAGAAAAACAUAUUACUGAAGGCAGUCAAAGACCCCAUAGUGUCGGAACUGAAUCUAGAGUCAGACUUGAAAGACAUUUUUAAGAGAGAUAAGUAUUGUGCAGACUACCUUAAUAUGGACAAGAGGAGGAAUGGAAGUUUAAUGUGGGUUUAUCUUAAAUACUGGCAACUGCAGGUCACUGUUCAGAAACACAAGAGAGCCGAAGAUGCACUUUUAGGAAAAAACAAUUGAGAAGUAACAACUGCACUGAAAAAUUAACACAUUUU